AUGUGGUGGCACUUCGUUUUGAAUUCCAUUACAAUUCUCAUAUUAUUAUCUACUUCAUCUUGUUUUGAAAUUCAAAAUGGAGUUGUUGGAAAGCCUGAGGUAUUUUGUGGAAUUGACACCAUCCGAGUGAAAGUUAACACAGAGCAUCCUUUCAAUGGAAGAAUUUACGUGGAUGGUGAAUCUGAUAAACAACACUGCGUCCAACACUCUGCAGAUGCACAUUCAUCACCGCAAGAGUUCACAAUUCCAAUUGGAGCAUGCAAUAUGCGGAGGCAACGAACACUGCAUCCACGUGGAAUAUCAUUUUCCUUCACAAUGAUCACCUCGUUUCAUCCAUUCUUUGUGACGGGAAUGGAUCGAGCAUUCAGUAUUCGAUGUUUCUUCCUCGAGUCAAUUAAAGGAUUGAACGCGGAAAUUGAUGUUGGAACGUUAGCUCCACAACACGUAGAUCAAGAAUAUUCUCUCCCAGUGUGUGCUUAUCAUUUAAAAGAUGGAAUUGAGGGACAUGUUCUGCGAUUUGCACAAGUCGGACAAAAGGUUACACAUGUUUGGAGAUGUGAUCAAGAUGCAAGUCAUGUAUAUGGAAUAUUGAUUCAUAGUUGCUAUGCAGAUGAUGGUCAUGGCAAUAAGUUCGAGUUGGUGGAUGAUAGAGGAUGCUCCACAGAUCCAUUUCUUCUACCACAAAUUGAAUAUGAACACGGUGCUAUAAGUGCAUACACUAAUGCUCAUGUUUUCAAGUAUGCUGAUAAAGUUCAAUUGUAUUUUACAUGUACAGUUCAACUUUGCUACAAACAUGACGGUGGUUGUGAGGGUAUAACACCUCCUCAAUGUUCUGGACACUCACAUGGUAUCCGUGGCUCUAAAGGCCCAGCAGAGCACAAGUUCGUAAACUUGGAGCCUGAAACGGAUCACCACAACGGGAACGAUUUGGGAUCCUCAUUUGAAUCAACUCCACGUGUUCCUGGAUACAUUAAGCCUGAUACCUUCCAACCAAUUAUUCUUGGACCACCACAUCCAACAGUAUUCCAUAAAGAUGGUUCACCACCACAUCAUGUUCCACCAUUCAAAGGACCAAAAGAAAUUCAAAGAAUAAAUGAAGAAGAUGAGUCAGCUCCAAAUCCUUAUCGUCGUGAUAGUCCAAUAAAUGAUACAUCGGAAGAUGAUAUUAUUAUGCAAGUAGUGACAUUAAGAACUACUGUACCUACUGUAUCCCAUACACCGGAUUUCGUGACAUUUAAGCCAGUUGUUCAUGCAAAAAACAGUAUGAAUAUAGAUUUUCGGCGAGGAGGUAGUGAAUCAAGUACUCCCUCAACUUCAUCAUCAACCAAAGUUCGGAGAACAGCAGGAGAUAUGGAAACUGAUGUUUCCGUUGAUGUUAUCGUUCUUCCAGUUGAGGAUAAAGAGCGAAAAGACACAAAUAUUCCACCACAAUCUCUAUCAUUCCAAUCAUCUUCUGAAGUUUGUUUGUCCAAGACAUCUACAGUAAUAUUCUCAACGGCGAUCCUCCUUGCAUUAUUCUGUUGUGUUACUGUAAAAUUUUUAGUAACUCGUCAAAGAAAUCGACAAUUAUUACAUCAUGCUUCCAAGCGGCGGAUUGAUAAUUUUUAA